UUGGAAUUUCUUCUUUGAAUUAGUUGUAGUUUCCCUUUUUUUGCUCUCUAUUUUACUCAUUUACUCUAAAAAUCAAUAGCUAUAUUUAGUUAAAUUACUAAAUUGAGAAAAAUAUACAGUUACAUUUCUUUGAAAAUCACAUUGUAGUCUUAACCAUGCAUACAUCCUAAAACAUUCCGCAAAUAAACGUAUGGUGGAGAAUCACUCAUCGCAUUUUUCCCAAUGUCUUUAUAUACCCCCAUCUUAAUUCUUUUUCUCACAAACAAAAAAAAAAAAACUGAAUUAUCUUACCUUAAUAUCAUCUCAUUUAUUAAAUAAAAAUUACAAGAAAAAAAAAAGUAGAAAACAUAAAAAGAAUAGUGUUAGUCUUCUUCAACUUUUCGUAUACAAUUUGAUCAUUAAGAAUAAAUUCAAUGGCGUCUUACUUCCUAAAGAUCACCGCUAUUCUUUAUAUUGCAAUAACAGUUACCGAAGCAACAUUUUUGCUUCCAGCCUUAUUAGGAGGGGGCAUCCAACAAGGAGGUCAAUUUGGUGGCAAAUUUGGCUUCAAUCACCAAUUAGGAGGGGGAUUCAAUGCAGGUGGAAAUAAGGAAGUUUCUGGUGGAGGUGGAGGCGGAGGCGGAUUUGGAGGCCAUGGGACAUUUGAAAGCAAUGCACAAUUUGGAGGCAAUGCUAAUUUUGACAAACAUGUUGGAGGCGGAUUCGGAGGCCAAGGGGCACUGCAAGGUAAUGCUAAUUUUGACAAGCAUAUUGGAGGUGGAUUUGGAGGCGGAUAUGGAGGCCAAGGGGCAUCGCAAGGUAAUGCACAAUUUGGAGGUAAUGCUAAUUUUGACAAACAUAUUGGAGGUGGAUUUGGAGGCGGAUUUGGAGGUAAUGCACAAUUAGGAGGCAAUGCUAAUUUUGACAAACAAAUUGGAGGGGGAUUCGGAGGCCACGGGAAAUCGCAAGUUGAUGUACAAUCGGGAGGCAAUGCACAAUUAGGAGGUAAUGCACAAUCGGGAGGUAAUGCACAAUUAGGAGGCAAUGCUAAGUUUGGCAAACAUAUUGGAGGGGGAUUCGGAGGCCACGAAAAAUCGCAAGUUGAUGUACAAUCAGGAGGUAAUGCACAAUCAGGAGGUAAUGUACAAUCAGGAGGUAAUGCACAAUUAGGAGGCAAUGCUAAUUUUGACAAACAUAUUGGAGGGGGAUUCGGAGGCCACGGGAAAUCGCAAGUUGAUGUAAAAUCUGGAGGUAAUGCACAAGUAGGAGGUAAUGCACAAGCAGGAGGUAAUAUACAAGCAGGAGGUAAUGUACAAUCAGGAGGUAAUGUACAAUCAGGAGGUAAUGCACAAUUAGGAGGCAAUGCUAAUUUUGACAAACAUAAUGGAGGGGGAUUCGGAGGCCACGGGAAAUCGCAAGUUGAUGUAAAAUCUGGAGGUAAUGCACAAGCAGGAGGUAAUGCACAAGCAGGAGGUAAUGUACAAUCAAGAGGUAAUGCACAAUUUGGAGGCAAUGCUAAUUUUGACAAACACAUUGGAGGGGGAUUCGGAGGCCACGGAAAAUCGCAAGUUGAUGUAAAAUCUGGAGGUAAUGCACAAGCAGGAGGUAAUGCACAAGCAGGAGGUAAUAUACAAGCAGGAGGUAAUGUACAAUCAGGAGCUAAUGCACAAUUAGGAGGCAAUGCUAAUUUUGACAAACAUAUUGGAGGGGGAUUCGGAGGCCACGGGAAAUCGCAAGUUGAUGUACAAUCAGGAGGUAAUGCACAAUUAGGAGGUAAUGUACAAGCAGGAGGUAAUGUACAAGCAGGAGGUAAUGUACAAUCAGGAGGCAAUGCUAAUAUUGACAAACAUAUUGGAGGGGGAUUCGAAGGCCACGGAAAAUCACAAGUUAAUGUACAAUCAGGAGGUAAUUCACAAUUAGGAGGUAAUGCUAAUAUCGGAGGUAAUGCAAAAUUAGGAGGUAAUGCUAAUAUCGGAGGUAAUGUAGGAGUCAACACAGGUGGAAAUGUAAGAGGUUCAGGUGAAGGGAAUAUGGAUAAAAGUAAUGAAGGUUCUGUAGGCUCUAACUAUGGUGUAAAUGGUGGAGGUUCAAACCACGGAGCAAGCCAAGGUAAAUCACAAUCGAACAACAACGUCAACAAUAAUAAACAAGGUGGAGGAUCUACAAGUUCCAAUAAUGGUGUGAAUAUGGGAGUUUCGGGCGCUGACCAACAUAAAAGCUCAAGCCAAAACAAAUCACAAUUAGAUAGCAAUGUUAAACAAGGUGGAGGAUCUACAAGCUCUAAUAAUGGUAUGAAUACAGGUGUUUCAAGCUCAAACCAACAUAAUAAACAAAGUGAUGUAAAAAAUUCCUCAACCAAAGAAUCAAGUGAUCAAUCUUCUAAAGCAAAUCAAAAUUCAAAUGAGUCUUUAGGAAAAACACCUAGCCAAGCUUCUGACAAGUCAUCAGGGAAAAAUUACAGCAAAUCGUCGGAGAAAUCUUCUCAACAAGGAGAAGGUCAUCAAACGUCAGGCAAUAAAGCUAGUGAAUCUUCUAGAAAGAGUUCAUCUGAGAACACUACUGAACAAAGAUCAAGUAAUAAAGGAGGCACAUCCUCAGAAGAUUUGUCAAGAAAAUCUUCAAAGAAAGGAGCAAGUGAAUCAUCAGGAGAAACCCAUAAUCAAAAUUCAGGAAAGUAUUCUGGAAACGGAAAAGAAUCUAAUAAUUCAGGUCUAUCAUAUAACCAAGGUUCUGAAAAAUCUUCCAGCAAAGGAUCAACAAACCAGUCAUCCGAUGGUAAAACUUCAAAGUCUUCCAACCAAGAAACGGGACACUCUUCAGGAGCAACCCAAGCCUCUAAUAAAUCUUCGACUCAUUUCUCUAGUCACGAAUCAAACUCAUCAAGCCAUUCAUCACAUAACUCUUCUUCAAAGUCUUCAAGCAAUUCAUCCUCAAACAAAUGCACAUGUCAAGAUUCAACUAGCCCGCCGUCUGCCCACACAUCUAGAAAACUACUAGCUAAUGCUGAAUAGAUUCAAAUACAAUACAAGGGGCAUAUAAUUGUUAUAUACCUCUAAAACUUGCAUUGUUGGUUGCAUGCACCAAUAAUUAUGUUGAAUCCUACAUUCCUACAUAAUAUCCUAGGGUUUGGAAUAAUAUCUUGGACAUUGUGAUUUCGUUCAAUAUAUUUAAGCUACUAUUUUAUGAUUCAAUAAAUUUACAUUUUUUGUAA